AUGAGGUUCUCCAAGAAGAAGCUCUUGGUAGCCUGUGCCCGGGCCCUGCCAGCACUCGCAGCUGUUCUUCCUCCCGGGGGUGUCCGUUCAGACGUUGCACGCCCGGAGGGUAAACAGCUUUUGGAUUUAGAUUUACACGAAGACUAUGCACAAGCGACCUUUACCGUUCCUUGCGCUGGUUGUCUAGGCACGAGCCAUGAUGACGAGUCCAUCGUCUUGAGUGUGAAAACCCACGCCAACGAAGAAGCUUGUGGUGUUUCCAACAUCACGUUGAACGGAGCCUACCUUUCUCAAGAAUGGAACGGUGAUUUUGCAUCUGGCUCCGGCUCCUACACUGGUGUUACCGAUAUCCAGGAGAAUGCCUGGUUUCUCCAACACGACCUUGACCUGGAAUGGGAGAGCGCAUGUCUCCACGGCGAAGAAGAAGCCGAUGACACCGCUCAAGUCUUGACAGUCAACAUCAAAUCCAUCGAUGGAAAGUCAUUAAGCCUACCGUACCCCGGUUUCACCCUCUCGUUCAAGCAGGCUUCCCCACCGGAACUUCUUCGACUCCAGUCGACGCCCGACCUUAUUGCCAGCUCUAGUGAACACGCCGAGUCUUGGCGCAAACCUCCUACCCAUCUACGCCUUACCCUGCCCAAGCUUAAGGGUGUAGAGAGUUUCGAAACUUCGGGUCACUCGGAGCUUGAAGACGACAUCCAAGAGCUGAAGGCUCUCGAAAAGGAAGCAAAGAAGCUCCAGAAAGCUAUUGCGGAGAAGAAGAAGUACAUUGAUUCACAGGUCAGAAAGGAGGCACAGAGCUUCAAGGAGGAACUGCAGAACUGUGACAACCUGACCUGCGUUGCGAAGACUAUCGCAAGUGGAGCUCGAGGUGCAUGGAGGAUCCUCUACGUCCGAUUCAGACCCAACCACCAUCAUCACCACGGCCCGCCACCCAUGGGUCAUCCAGAUGAUGGCUUCCAUCGGGUAUGGCGACCGGGGAAUAAUAAGCAGGGCAACAUCAAGAUCGAGUCUGAAGGCGUUCCUCCACCUCCACCUCCGCCGCACCAUGACGGGCCCGGCCACCCACCACCACCUCCGCCACACCACGAUGGCCCUGGUCACCCACCGCCGCCUCCACCUCCGCCACACCACGAUGGCCCUGGUCACCCACCGCCACCUCCACCUCCGCCCCAUUCUCACCAUGGUGCACCACGCAUGCCUCCACCUGAGUCGCCAUUCGUGAUCGCUCUCGAGGUCGUUUUGGGCCUUUUGUGCUGUGGUUGCAUCUUGACUGUUAUCCGUCACCGCUGCAGUAGCCUCCGCACUCGCACAGAACGCGCUGCCGCGCGCGAAGAACGUCUGACUCGACGUGAAUACCGCCGUGCUGCUCGAAGACAUGCAAUCAGAAAGUGGUGGCGCGGGGAUUGGCGCGACCAGGAGCGCAUGGAGGACUAUGAGGAGAAACGCAGUCUCAUACAGCAUCAGGAGGGUGUGCUUGAGGAAGCAAUGCAAGAGGAGAUCAGACAACUGCGCGCGGCGCAUGGCGUCGUGAAUGAUCUCGUCAGCUCAGCUGAAGAAGGCCGCGUUGUCACCUACCCACACAACUACUGCCCGUGCUCACGCUCACACCCUGUUCCCCAAGCACCGUUGUCCCCGUUGUCAACGGCUUCAACCUACCCGCCCACCUCUAUCCCCGAGCUCCCGUCUCGUCCGCUAUCGCGAACAGACAGCCUCCCGGGGUACGCAUCAAGUUCACCGCCAGCUUACGAAGAGGAUGAGGAUGUAUCCGAUUCGGUUGCCAACGGCUUCAGGCACUACUCUUCUACUGAUUCGACCACAAGCUCAAAUUCACGAUGGACGCCAGACUCCAGCAUCAUCGAUGUGAGCCCGCGACCAAGCGCAGAAACACUGAGAUACCCAGAGAUUACUGAAGCCUCCGAGUUCGCCGAGACAACUGAGACGAAUUUUGAUCAGAAGAGCUAA